AUGGCAUCCAAAGACCAAAAGUUCGCCAUCGUACAGACAGACAAUGCAGGGGCAUAUUCACCCAACUAUCUCGAGAAGCUACACUCGGGAUUCGAAGUGGACGGCCCAGCAACGAUGAACUGCGAACCCGAGACCGCACAGAACCAGCAACUGUCGACCACAUCUUCCUUCUUUCGUCUACCCAGGGAACUCCGCGAUCAGAUCUAUGAUUACGCAUUUGGGGAAAUCGGCACCAAGUUCAGGACACGCAACAUGUACAUUCUGGCGCGUCGGGAAAGCCGCGAGAUGCGUCAAGGUCUCCCCAAUUGGCUCCGCACCAACAAACAGAUCUGCUACGAGGCACUUGCUUUCUUCGGCUCUACACACGUUUUCACCGAUGAGCCGCUGUAUGAAGAAUGGACCGAUGAACCGCCGUAUGAAGAAUGGACCUCGAGCGCAGACUCCGAUCUCACCACCCCACUGGUCUUCAACAAAGAUAUUAUUCGCAAUGUUGGCUGGUCCCAUACAUACUUUCAACCUGGAGAUCCAUUCCUAGUCCUUCUCCGCCAACUCGAUGUUACGGUUUCGACAUUGCACUUGGAGUGGUUUCCUUAUAUGGGGUACUGGAACACAUCAUCGAUAGACGAUCAAAUUGCAGAGUGGGCAGCUGUGCACCUUCACUCCCGGGAAGGCAGUCUGCGGAAGGUCAAGAUAGAUGUCAUCGUCUGCGAGCACCCAUGGGAUGCUGAAGGAGAUACGUUCAUGUCAAGCGUCAAGGUUGGGGAGAAUCAUCAUGUCGUAUUAGAGCUAUCGGGAAGAGGUCUAUAUACGCAGUGGGAGGAGAGAAGGAGCUAG